AUGAAAGACGUAGGCGGCGCAAGCAGCCCUCUGUACGACAAUGAUUGGGACGGCAUCCGCAGCAGUAGUGUGGGCAAGCUCCUUCGCCAGGACGGUCUGCCGUUGUUGUCCAAUGCCCGCUCGGUCACAACGGCAAGCAAGAGAGCUGGAUCUGUCAAGCCAGAUAUGGCGACAGGCUUUCGCAUCGUUGUCGCCGCUCGCAUUCGCCCCUUCACAGAGUUAGAGGUGCACCAGUGGCGUCAGGAGCGGCGCGUGGCCGCGGAGGAGCGUGAGGACGCCGCGGCAGGGCGGAACGGUAGCACGCGUUCAGCCUCGAGGCAGCCGUUCGGGUCAGAGCACAAGUCGUCUAAUGCCACAUCGUUGAUUAGCACAACGCACGCUGGGGCCACGCCCUCGCAGGAGCUUAGAGGUGUGCCUCCAGACGUGUCUCAGGCGUCGCCCAACGUCGACGGUGUGCCGCUGCCCGUCGUGGAGGUGGAGAGCAACGGACGAACCAUAGUCCUGCUCAAUCCGAAGAGGCCGUCGUUGGACACGAACGCGACGGCACCGGCGCGCAACGCCUUCACGUACGAUUACGUCUACAGCAGCUUCACGCCGAGGGUGGAGCUGGACUCACGACUGACCGGCGGGCUCGCUUUCUCCUCCACCGCAGUGCCGCGGGCAGCCGGUGGUGAGCCGUACAUCAUCGACGAAACGACGGAAAACGCGUUUCCUUCUCGCGCUUCGUGGCCGCAGUUUUCGGAACACACACCGGAGCAAGAGCGGCAGGCAGAGGCAGAGCAGGUUGCCAUCUACGAGCAGCUCGCCAUUCCCUUGGUAGACGCGGCGCUGCAGGGGUACAACACCUGCAUGUUCGCCUACGGCCAGACAGGAAGCGGUAAAACGUACACCAUGAUGGGAACCGCGCAGCAUCCAGGGCUGAUCCCGCGGCUCUGUCAGCUGCUCCUCUCGCAAGUCGCCAUGCGCAACGCCGAGGCCCACGAUGGCUGCGCGGUCUCGCCGUCCACGCGGGCUGCGGCAGUGGUGCUGCAGCUGUCCUACAUGGAGAUCUACAACGAGCAGGUGCGCGAUCUGCUCAAGCAGAGGCCCAAGAACGCUAUCCUGCGCUACCGCAGCCGCUUCGACCACAAGGAUAUGGAGAGCGACGAGUUCCGCACGCUCAAGGUGCGCCAUCACCCAUCACAGGGCAUCUACGUGGAAGGACUGACGACUGUGCCGGUGAGCACGUGGGCCGAGUGCGAGGCGUUUCUUCAUCACGGUAACGCGCUGCGCACGCAGUACAGCACGGCGAUUAACGCGAAGUCAAGCCGCUCGCAUGCAAUUUUUCAGUUCCAAGUGACACAGCGUGAAGGCACGGGAGGCCGCGUGCGGGGGCGCGAAGUGGCGCUGGAAACGUGCAGCAAGAUCAAUCUCGUCGAUUUGGCCGGCAGCGAGCGCAACACGCAGUCCAAGACAACCGGCAAACACCUCGCAGAGGCAAACAGCAUUAACGCUUCCCUCUCCACCCUGCGACGGGUGCUGGACGGACUGGUGAACAACUGUGGCAGCUGCAACCCGCAGGCGCUCGCUGGCGGCGGCAAAGUCAAAAAAGGCGCUGUCAUCCCGUACCGGGAGAGCCUGCUGACGUACGUCCUCUCCGACAACCUCGGCGGCAACAGCCUCACCGUCAUGUGCGCCAACGUCUCGCCCAGCGCGUCGAACAUCAGCGAAACGGAGUCGACGCUGCGGUACGCCACGCUCGCACGCGGGGUCGUCAACCACGCGCGGCUGAACGAGGCACCGACAGCCCUCAUUAUUCGCGAGAUGCGCGAGCAGAUCAAGGCGAUGCAGGAGGAGCUUCGGAAGGCCCCGAACCCGGCCCACGUCGCGGAGCUGACGGAGGGUAUCCUGCUGAGCGAGCAACUUCUGCGCGAAAUGCGAGGGAGGGAGAAGAAGUAUGAGUUGCGGCUGCAGAGCAGCGAAGCGCAGCAAGAGGAGCUGCGGAAGGCAGUGGCGAGCCACCAGGCUGGGGAGGCCUACUGGCGUGCAGAGGCGCAGCGGCAGCAGGAAGAAUUGGAGUCGCUCCGCUCCGCCCUUGUGGCUAUAACGGCCAGCAGCUCCGCGGCAGACGCGAUCGGCGACAAGAAAGCGAGGUCGACAGGGCGUGCGUCAAAGCCGUGUCAUGUCACACCACCGGAUCGCUCUCUCCGCCUUCCUCAGCUGCACCAAGGCACCGCCGCCAACGGUGCGAGAGCCGCGCCUGCGCCGCCCUUUUCUGCCGAUGGUCGUUACCUUGACGGCGAAGCUGUCAGCGCCACGCGGAGCCCCUUGACGGCCAAGAAGAAGCAGUCGGCGAAAAAGCACAUGGGGCUAAUCUGUGGCGACGGCGGGAUCAGGAGGGACACCGCCGUGGCUUAUGCGGUGGCAGCAGAUUUCUACUCGCCUGGGGCGCGCAAGCAUAAGCUGUCCGUGGCGCGUGGCACACCGCUUUCUCUCAUCGACCUCCGCGAACAAAAGUGUCGCCCCGGUGCCGUGCUACCUCAUCUCCGCGGGGGCAGCUCCGCCAGUGCGCCGUGUAAGGCGCGCCGCGAGAAUAGUGGACUGCCACCAGAAGGGGCGUCGCAGCCGCUGUCGCGUCGUUCCCUGUCAAGUGAGCGGUCUCAGCGGUUUCCGCAUCCACCAUCCCAGCACCCGCAGCGCAGCCGCUAUUCAAACAGAGCCCCCAUCCGGAGGCCGCCGUCGAAACAAAAUAAAGGUGACCUGUCGAAGCUCACGACAAGCACCACGGAGGAGGAAGCACCGGAGAUACCCCUUACCGUCGGCGGACGCUCGGGGCUCAGUGCGCUGCACAACGGCGGCGGCGGCGGUGUCGCGAGGGAUAGUGAAUUGGAUGAGGUGCCGUCCUUCUACCAGACAGUCACCUACCUGACUGCGGAAGGAGCCGCCCUAGAGGGCAGCAGCAGCGUUGCCACGUCAUCAUGUGCCUUGUCCCUCAAAGAGGGUGGCGAGGACGACCAGGUUGUGCGCGCCGCUGAUAGCAGCGCGGGUAGGCAGCGUCCUGGUCAGCAACGCAAACCUCGCGGCUUGGAUGUACUACUGCUGCAAGCUGACGUGCUGGAGCUGCAACAGCAGCGCGCGGACACCCCGCAGAGUAGCCGCUGCAACCCUCGUAAAGCGCCAGAAAUCGAGGGCGAGGCAGCCACUCCCACGUCCUCGCGGCGGCCAACGAACUCGCCGGGGAUGUCUGAAGCGUGUCAAGCCCAGGCGGUGCGUGGCCGUCGCCGCAGCCCCGUUGAUGUCGAGUCAGGGCCAAACAAGAAGAGAACGAAGGCGAGUCAAGGCACAGACCACAAAUACAGCAGUAGCAGCGGGGCGGUGGGUGAAGAUUGCCGGUUAUCACCAUCGCCGUCGUUACCAGCACCACAACAGCAGCAGGCGAGCAACGGCGGUGGCAGCAGUGUCAGGGGAGCGGCAACAGUGGAUGACCGCAAAACUAUGCACCGGCAACCAGCCGCUGUGCUCCCUGCCGGGGAAGAGAGCGGUGAGGAGUGCCGGUACGUGCGCAUCUCUGAUGAUGAUGAUCUGAAGCGCGCGUUCGAAGGCGAGAGCGACGGUGAUGUGGCGCCCACGGCAUCGCAUCCCCGAACCUUUAGCGGCGAUGACGAUGCCGGGUUAGAGAGCGGCUGCAUGAGUGUUUUCGAGGGUCUCACUGACAUGAUUCCGGCCGACAGCUCACGUGGGUGUUUAGGGCACCGUCUCCCCUACGCGACCGUCGCUGCUGCCGCGGAGAGCGCGGUGGCAUCUGCAGCGGCGGCGGUGGCACCCUCGCCGGAGCAUGCGCUCUCCUUAUUGGUUGGCCGGAAGCUAAAGCAGAACGGGGGGGCACAAAGGCACGCGGGCGGGUCACCCCCGUCGUGUGCUCAUCACUACUCCGCAGUGGGCGCACUGAGCCCGCAGUCGUACUGGUGA